UUCCCGAGAGUGCUCGGUAGAAAAUGGCGAGUCUGUGCAAGAGGCAGCAAUGUACGAUCGAGAGGCGAGGCUUUCGGCAGGAUCUUGAUUCGUGGCGGCAUAAACUCAUUCAUUGUGUAGGCUUUGAGAGCAUUCUAGAAGGGUUGUUUGGGUCGAGGUUGGUGGAGGACCUAACGUUAUUUAAAGGCAGUGAGCCCGAAGGCGGUACAGACUGGUCAUUUGACGAGAACUGCCCGUUCUGCUGCAUAAGACGAGACAAAGUCAAGGAGCACUUAGUUGGCCUGAGCAACCAGGGGUUGGAGAGUGGGGCUGAACCCCUGCUGGUCAAAGACCAGACCAAGAUCAACAGACUUGAGAAACAAGCAGAGGAAUUUUUUAAUGCAGUCCUCUACAAAAAAGAUGUGCCCAUCUUCUCAGACCCGCACAUUCCAGGAGUGGCUCUGGACAUAAUGCAGAGGAUGAUCCGCCAGUUUGCUGCAGAAUAUACCUCAAAAAGUAGUUCCUCUACUCCGGACAGCCGCUCCACUCCCAGGCCUGGUCCCCACCCAGACCAAAGCCUGCCUCCUCCCCCCUCGCUGCCCACGGUGCCCCCAGCUGCCAGCCCUGGUGGUACUGCUACCCCCUCCGUACCCAGCCAGAACCCCGUCCUCUCCAAGCUGCUGAUGGCCGACCAGGACUUGCCUCUCGACCUCACUGUCAAGAAGCCUCUGCCACAGCCUGUAGAACAAGAUGGAGUCCUGGACCUGUCACUCAAAAAGGGACGGGCCAAAAGCAGCACACCAUCGCUCCGCAGCCCACAUCUUUCCCAGACGUCCACUCUUAAAGGUGAAUGUCUGGAGCUGACGACAGAAAAGGCCCGGGACCUGCAGUCCACCUCCACGCUGGAGGAGUUCAUGACCAAGCUCUGUCUGCACCACCAGAGGCAGAUUGUCGACGCUCUGGGCUUCCUACAGACAGAGGUUAAGGCUAUAUCCUCCUCCAGUACUUCGCUAGCUUCUGCCUCCAAACCCUCUUGCUCAGUGGAGCACGGAGCCCUCCAGGGUCCUAGCCCUGCACCUUGCCUGCAGACCCCAGAGAGGGGGAGGACUGGUCAGAAACUUCCCCUGGCUUCCACUCCAAAAGGAUCGACAGAGGGGCAAGAAAGGUUGGUAGCCCCAGAGCAGACUGCUGUGUUACGAAAUGUGUCUGGGGCUGCUGGGCCGGCCUUGGAUCUCCGUAAACCUGGCCCAGGGGGGUCUAAGGCUUUGGCAACAUUGUUCAGAAGCGCAGAUAACAGUGUGAGUAAACGUCUUAGUGACCAUGCUCCGCUAAAGAUCAAAAUCAUGAAGUCCAGCAGCCUGGCUGAUGGUAAAAAGCUAUCCUGUGUGCUCACCACCUCUCUUCCUGCUGGCGCCGGUACUUUGGAAGAAAUGCAGGGCAUUUCUGACUCCUCAACCAGAGCAGAUACUUACAGUGCUGGACAAGGCUCCUCUGUGAAAAGGCACGAUCAUGCUGAUCGCUCAACAAGACAAAGAGGCUCCAUUGAACAUACCAAAGACACGCUGGUCAAACAAAGUCCACCUGAAAAGACCCCCAACAACAUACCCCCAGUUUCCCCCGGGACAGCAAGGAAGACCAUAAAGGGGUCUUCCUACCAUCGACCUAGGGCCACUUCCUCAGUGUGUCGGUUUGUAACCGACCCUGAUCUCGGCCACUGCGACAUCGUCUACAUCGACAAACCAAUCACAGAGUGUUUCCGGGAACGGCAGCACCGUCUGCUCCCUCGACGCAACGCCAGGAAAAGCACCCGAGGUCACAUGUAUGUGGAAGAAAUGUGGGAGCUGAAGACUGUCCGUACAUUAGCCAAGACGUCUGCCCGCAAUGAUAGUGGCAACUGUCCCGCUCCAAUGCCAGAGCCCAUCACUCUGGUCACACCUAAACAGGUGCUUGGCAAGCCUGAGGGACUACCUCUUGUGGAUAUGCCUUUUGUUGGAGGUUUUGUGGAGACGGUCAGUCAGAAAACUCCUUCCGAGCUUCCAGCUGAAAGUGAGGUGGCGGGGGAUGUGGAGGCUGCAGCAGCAUCAGCCAGUGAGAUGGCACUGAUCGUUGAGACUAGUCAGACAGACCAGAGUCAGUGCAAAGAGCAGACUGCCCCUCCACCUCCUUCACAGAGUCCCCCAGUGGAUAACGAGCAGAGUACAGGGACGAACUCGAACUCGGAGCAGCCAAGGCAGAGCGUAGCACCAGAGGAUAAUCUAGCUCAGACUGUGGUCGAGACACCAGAUCAGGAUUUAAACAGUAUACACAAUUACAUCGUUUUAAGUGAAAACCCAGAGCAGGUGGUGAUGGGGAAAGAUGUAAACUUAUCACAGGAUAAGACAUCAGAAGAAGCUGAGCUUGUCCAAGAUAUGCUGCAGAGUGUGCCAGAGGGCCAGAAAGUUGUCUCUGAAACCCAACAGGAAUCUGCAUCACUGACCCCUUCCCUGGAGAGCAAUGAAGACAAGGAGGUAGUGAGUGCAGUUGACAAAGAGGUAGUGGGUGCAGGUGUAGUUGACAAAGAGGUAGUGGGUGCAGGUGCAGUUGACAAAGAGGUAGUGGGUGCAGGUGCAGUUGACAAAGAGGUAGUGGGUGCAGGUGUAGUUGACAAAGAGGUAGUGAGUGCAGGUGCAGUUGACAAAGAGGUAGUGGGUGCAGGUGCAGUUGACAAAGAGGUAGUGGGUGCCGGUGCAGUUGGCAAAGAGCAGGUCAUGCCUCUGGAACCUCAAAUUUCAAUUGACCAGAAACCGUCUGAGGGCUCUGGAGGAGAAGGAAAUGCUGGCAUGGAGGUUCCCACGGAGAGUGAAAGGAUAGAGGUGCAGGAAACGGGCGAGGUUGAACCAGACUUGGCUCCAGGCGAUGGCGACAAUGUGCCUGAAGAGGAAAAGACACAUGUUGAUUCGUCCUCUAAAAAGGUCAGUAAGGCAGUUGAGAGAGAAUUGCCUCUCAGGCGUUCUGAAAAACAGGGUAUUCCAGCACGAGUGAUUCCUUCAAGGGUGAAGGAAGCUGCAGUGAUUGAUACAGAGAGUAUGAUUAUAUGUGGAUAUGUGAAUGGUAGACCUAUUGGACAUUCUGACAGAUGUUUGCGUGAACGGCCAGCCAGAACCACCCCAGAGUCUACUCCUACUAAGACUAAACGCCCCACUAAGGCGUCUCUGAAACAGACUGAGAACCCUUCUGAGAACACGGCUGAGAUUCCACAAGUCUCACCUGAGACUCCUCUCACCCCGAUCCCUGCUGGGGAAAGCGUCAAAAGCCCUUCGUCGAAGCGCCUCACCAAGGCCUCCCUGAAACAAUCUGAGAAAUAUUCUGAGAACAUGCCAGAGGUUCCUCAAGUCUCACUCCCUUCAGCCGAAGUGAUCAAAAGCCCUGUGUCCAUACGGCCCAAAAGAACCCCUAAAGCUAAAAUCACUCAGACCCUGCCUGACACACAGACCCCUGCUGAAGCAAGCCAGAACAUGUCUGACACAAGGACCCCUAUUGCCCCUAUAACAGCAAGCCAGAGCAUUCCUGACACUCCUCAAGUCCCAGACACACCAGUCAACUCCUCCAGGAGACCUGAGUCCAGACAACCCCUCAGAUCUGCCAGACUGCAACAGGCAGCAGCUGUUGCCUCCCCUCUCGUCCCUGACGCCUCACCUCUCGUCCCUGACGCCUCACCUCUCAUCCCUGACGUCUCCCCUCUCGUCCCUGACGCCUCCCCUCUCGUCCCUGACGCCUCCCCUCCUCUCAUCCCUGUCGCCUCCCCUCUCAUCCCUGACGCCUCCCCUCUCGUCCCUGUCGCCUCCCCUCUCGUCCCUGACGCCUCCCCUCUCGUCCCUGACGCCUCCCCUUCUGUUGAAGGGGCUGUUACUUUCAUUGUUGCCCCAGAACCGUCUACCUCCCUCCCACUCCCCUCCACUGAGCUCAACCCUCCCCUCCCCAUUGCCUAUCCUCUUCUUCCUAUUGUCUCCAAUCUCUUCCCUUCAUCUCAUCAAAACAUUGCAGUCACCCAGAGCUCUGCAGAGCUGAAAGUUCAAAAAGCUCAGCCAGCUCCAAAUGCCAAACCCAGCGAGACAGAGAAAACAGCAGAGGAAACUAGGGUGCAAACUAGACCGAAGCUCAGGUCGUCAAUGAUGGUAGCAAAGGAAGUUGAAAUUUUUGAGAGUCAGCAAGUUAGCAGUGAGGAUUCUGCUCUCACAGAGGGUACAACCGUUAAAAAGAGUGAGGCCCACACACAAAGUAGUCCACUAAGAAGCAAAAGAACUCUCAAAAAGGAUGGAGAAUCAAGAAAAUUGACUUUGCUGAAAAACUCAGAGGAACCUACUUUGCUAAAGAAGGCAGAGGCACCAACUUUAAUGGAUAACAAAACUUCAUCUGAAUGUUCCAGUAGGUCUUCCGUCAGCAGUGCUUCAGACAAACCUGGGCGAAUGCCAUUGAGGAGUGAGAGUAGUAAAACGGACGUGGCCAGCCAGUCCAUUACCCUGGCAACCCCACCGACCCCAGUGGAGAACAGAAAGUCAGCUUUGAGGGUCCAGAGGUCGCCCACACCCUCGACCAGUGCUCCAAUCACAGCUGAGAAAUGGAGUGAAGUGGCAUCUCCCAUUAGGCUGAAAUCCCCAGUGAGACUCCCAUCACCAAUCAGGUUCAAAUCAGAGAGGAUCAUCAAGUCUCCAUUGAGGGAAUCACCUUUGCUGGACAGUUCCCCUCUGCCCUCCAGCUCAGUCACUCCUCUCCUCCUGCCCAAGCUGGAGCUUCCAGUACAGACUCGACACAAGUUCCUAGAGUUACUGGAUGUAGUGGAAAACCAACAGAAAAUCUCCUCUCUGAACACCAGGUUCGAUAAGAUGCAAAGAGGCUGGGUCCAGAUGGACAAAGAGGGACAUCCAACGCCAAGACACAAAAAUAAGGCAGACAGACAGGCAGCGAUAUGGAAGAGUAAGCGCAGGGUUCGCAAGCCCAAGUCUUCGGAUCAUCAGAGGUACUCGCUAGUUCAAAUGCUUUUCAAGAACGAUUUGGACCUAGCCAGCAUUUGCCACUGGUACAUGGAGUCAACAGAAACCCAAUCGCUGGUCAUCGUAAAGAAGGUGAACACGCGUCUUCCCUCUGAGACCCAGCUGCUCUUCCCCGGUAUGUCCCAAAGGCCAUCUCAAGAGGUCUUCCCUAGCCUUCAAGCCGAGCGCUUGAAGAAACACUUGAAGAAGUUUGCCAUGGCUUCCCCUGUGAAGAGCAACCCUAAGAGUCAGAAGCUGAUUGCUAAAGCCCUGGAGCAGGAGGUCAGUACAAGUAUGCCCAAAGGGAAGGAAAAGAGAGAGCUGACUACAGCUACCCGGAUCUCCACCAAAGCCUAUGUUUCCUCUGCAGAGGCACAGGUACAACCAGCCGAUGGCCAGAAGGCCUCAGCGAAGGCCAAGAACCCAGCCAGCGCCCGGAUCCUGAGGAAGUACUCCAAUAUAAGGGAGAAGAUGCAAGGUCAACAGAGCUCCAAGAAUCCGAAAGGGGCCCCAAGAAAAGAGCUUGAAGUUUCCAAAGUCAAACCCUCUAAACCCCCAAAGAAAAAAUUGGCAAAACCGUCAAAAUUGAAACCGGCCGUUUCCCAGAGGCAGAAAUUAUCCGUUUCUGGUGAUAAAAGUGUAAAGGAGACAAGUGUAGUAAAAACAGAGCGAGCACAGCCAUCUCCUAGUAGAAAGCCUCCAGUAAAAGCUGCUGUCCUGGAGAGAUCAGUCAAGAUCAGCAGAAGCAGUAGAACCUUAAGAGAUCUCAGUAGGAAAGAGAGUGCAUCACCACAGAGGUCUCCCCAAAGAGUAAUGACUCCAAAAGCACAGAAAAACACCCCUGCUCCUGCCACCGUCCCCAAGACGGACUUUAACAAGCAGCAGGUUGGAGCAGAGAAGGCAGUGGUGGAUAAGACUAUGGCAACAAAAGGUCAAACAAAGAGACCCUCUCAAAGUAGAGUCUUUGAGACUAAAGUCACUGAAAGUAAAGGUACUGAGCGCAAUGGCGCUGAAAGUGCUGCAGAGACUCCUCAACAGAACAUGGACGUCAAAACACCAGGUUCUCCUGACCAGGUUCUCACUAGGUCACAGAGGAAGAUGGAGGCCACUCCACCCCCCUCCGUCCCUCAGAGUGCAAUCCCUAAGCCUGCCACUAAGAAAGCAAAUGAACCUGCUCAGAGUGGAACUCCUAAGGGUGCCACAAAGAGAGCUCUGGAGCCUACACAUACUGUUAGUACAAGCCCUAAGCCUGCCAUAAAGAGAGCCAGUGAACCUGCUCAGAGCGGAACUCCUAAAGGUGCCACAAAGAGAAGCCAGGAGAGCCCACAGACUCCAGCCAAGCGCACCAGGACAUCCCUACAGAAAUAAAGCUUGUGUGCAGACAUGGACUGUAACAGCCAAUCUGACGACAUUUAGUUGUUUUGUUUUUUCUGGAAUAUAAUAGAAAGGACUGGUAGUAUCUAUUUUUGUGUGUACUUCCCAAGCGGUGUUGGUAAAUGAACGUUUGGAAGGAGAUCGACAUGCUGAAGAAAGAGGAAAAAUAGUGCUUUUGUCUUGUUUAGUGUUGUCUAACUGGCCUGGAGAUGUAUCUUAUUAUAAGGGUAUAUCUGCAUUGUAAACAUGUAAGCCAUUUUAUUUUGGGGUUUGUUGCAGAGCUGAUUAGUUAUUCAGACUACAGCAUGCCAGGUCCUCCACCUUUGUUUGUCCAAGUUUUUUAUAUCCCAUAGUGUCUAUUCCACGGUUUGAAAAAGAGGGAGGUUUACUGGCAUGAAAACAUCAGCACCAUGUUACUACGAAAUAAAUGAUGAUGUUCUCUGACUGUAGCACAGCUCAGGUUUCACUGAACAUUCUCUUGGAACUAUAGCCUAUAUUCAUCAAUGUCUCCCGCCCAUCUCGCAAUCAAGGAGUUUGUGAUCAGGUGCCUUAUUUAUCAGAUGUAGAGUAAUGCGUUGACAACAGGUGAAGACUCAGUUCUCUGGCCAUUGCACAGACACAUGUACUGUAGGAAGAGUGAGAAAGGGAUCUUUCUAGAUAUGGAUUUGGUGCAGGUCAGCGCACGUUGUCAUGUUGAGGUCCUUCACAGGUUAAACUCUUCUCCGGUUAUCUUGUAGAUCUGGUCAUUUGUUCAAGACCUGCACCAUAUUUGUGGAUUUGUGCGUCUUAAUGCACAACUUCCCUCCAUGUGUUCAGCCCUCCAGGUUCCCGAGUCUCCUCCGUCUUCCUGCUAUAUAAACCACCAUCAUGGGUUGUUAUUCCCAUGAGUUCUCUUUUAAUGUCUUUUUGUUUUUAGAUCCUGGGGAUAUUUCUUUUCAGAGAUGUAGCCUUAUAACUGAUGUUAUGGUAGCUUUGUUUAACUUACAAAUACUGUCUGAGUUAACAAAGGAGGGUUUUUUUCCGUUGCAAUGCGUGUGAGAUAUUUACACCUGCCUUGUUAUGUUGUAACUCUGAUCCAGUCCUUCUUGUCUUAUUUGAUUCCCGUUAAAGUUGAAUGGUCUGGUGUGGUCAUUACCUGCUUAUUGCUGUAGCUGCCUGUAGCAUUUACAUUUAGAAAAAUUCUUGUUGAGCCUUUUCACCUUGUUUUUUUUUCUGAACUAGCAUUUGUUUCCGAAACUUCUUUAACUAAGACUAUGCAUGCACGUUACGGUGGCAUUCUGUGUGCUGAACUGUAUGAGCAUUAACAACUGAAGAUAUGGACCCUUGGAAGACAUGUCAUUGGUCAGCUAUUUUGGAAGGGGGUUUACUGUUUGAGAGCAGAUACCAGGGAUGACGCUACAUGGAGCCACACUUUGUAUCUAAUGUUGGCUGUAUAUGUUUUUCAUGUGCUAUAUGGUAGUUUGCCUUUUAUUUGUACAAUAUUGCCGUAUACUGACCCCUGUUGGCCAUAUGAGAACUGUUGAAAAAAAUAUCUUUGUAUGAUCAGUAAGUAUUAUACUGAACAAGAAUAUAAACGCAACAUGCAACCAUUUCACAGAUUUUACUGAGUUUACAGUUCAUAUAAGGACAUUUAAAUAAAUACAUUGAAACAAAUUUGUGCACAAAAUUUGAGAAAUAUGCUUUUAGUGCAUAUGGAAACAUUCUGGGAUCUUUUAUUUCAGUUCAUGAAACAUGGGACCAACUCUUUACAUAUUGCGUUCAUAUUUUUUUCAGUAUAUACUACCGGUCAAAAUCUUUAUAACACCUACUCAUUCAAGGGUUUUUCUUUAUUUGUACUAUUUUCUACAUUGUAAAAUAAUAGUGAAGACAUCAAAACUAUGAAAUAACACACAUGGAAUCAUGUAGUAACCAAAAGUGUUAAACAAAUCAAAAUAUAUUUUAUAUUUGAGAUUCUUCAUAUAGCUACCCUUUGCACACUCUUGGCAUUCUCUCAACCAGCAUCACCUAGAAUGUUUUUCCAACAGUCUUGAAGGAGUUCCCACAUAUGCUGAGCACUUGUUGGCUGCUUUUCUUUCACUCUGCGGUCCAACUAAUACCAAACCAUCUCAAUUGGGGUGAGGUCAGGUGAUUCUGGAGGCCAGGUCAUCUGAUGCAGCGCACCAUCACUCUCUUUCUUGGUAAAAUAGCCCUUACACAGCCUGUAGGUGUGUUGGGUCAUUGUCCUGUUGAAAAACAAAUGAUAGUCCCACUAAGCCCAAACCAGAUGGGAUGGCGUAUUGCUGCAGAAUGCUGUGGUAGCCAUGCUGGUUAAGUGUGCCUUGAGUUCUAAAUAAAUCACAGACCGUGUCACCAGCAAAGCACCAUCUCACCACCUCCUCCGUGAUUCAUGGUGGGAAAUACACAUUCUGAGAUCAUCUGUUCACUCACAAAGAUACAGCGGUUGGAACCAAAAAUCUCCAAAGGACGAAUUUCCACUGGUCUAAUGUCCAUUGCUCGUGUUUCUUGGCCCAAGCAAGUCUUCUUCUUAUUGGUGUCCUUUAGUAGUAGUUUCUUUGCAGCAAUUUGACCAUGAAGGCCUGAUACACACAGUCUCCUCUGAACAGUUGGUGUUGAGAUGUGUCUGUUACUUGAGCUCAGUGAAGCAUUUAUUUGGGCUGCAAUUUCUGAGGCUGGUAACUCUGGGUCUUCCAUUCCUGUGGCGGUCCUCAUGAGAGCCAGUUUCAUCAUAGCGCUUGAUUGUUUUUGCGACUGCAUUUGAAGAAACUUUCAAAGUCCUUGCAAUUUUCCGUUUUGACUGACCUUCAUAUCUUAAAGUAAUGAUGGACUGUCAUUUCUCUUUUCUUAUUUGAGCUGUUCUUGCCAUAAUAUGGACUCUUUUACCAAAUAGAGCUAUCUUCUGUAUACCCACCCUACCUUUUCACAACACAACUCACACGCAUUAAGAAGGAAAGAAAAUCCACAAAUGAACGUUUAAGAAGACACACCUGUUAAUUUAGGUGCAUUCCAGGUGAGAGAAUGUCUAAAUUGUGCAAAGCUGUUAUCAAGGCAAAUGUUGGCUAUUUGAAGAAUCUCAAAUAUCAAAAUAUAUUUUGAUUUGUUUAACACUUUUUUUGGUUACUACAUGAUUCCAUAUGUGUUAUUUCAUAUGAUGUCUUCACUAUUAUUCUACAAUGUAGAAAAUAGUAAAAAUAAAGAAAAACCCUUGACUGAUAGUGUUUAUCCCACUGUUAUAGAAAUGGCUUGUCUGCCAUGUAUUAUUUGUAGUUGUCAGAUUGUGUUGAUAUUUUGCUUCAGGAAGAUGUUCUCUUGGUGCGAUGCUUCUGUACUCCAGCAAUAGUUUGACCUCCAUUUGUCUACGUCAGUAGAAAGAAGACACAUUUUAGCACAGUGUUAUUUUUUAUCAUGGUUAUUUCACGUAUUCAUCAUUUGUAAAUGCAAAAAGGUAUAAUUCAUGUUUUAUAUUGUUAUUUAAGAAAUCCCUAUAGGUAAAUACAUACAGUAGACCUAAAUUAAGCAACCCACCAAAUAUCAAACUUGAACAUGUUUUAUUCUUCUUUACUGUGGAUAUUUAUAGUUUUUGAUUUUUGUAUAUUGGAAAAUAAAUUUAUGUGUUAAUCCCAAUAAUGAGACGUCUUAAGGUGAUGACGCUGUAUUUUUGCUGGACUCGAUAAAAAGGUGUUUUGAGUUGUAUAUUUGGUUUCAUGCUUCGUUUGUCCAUCUCCAGUGGUUAGCUUUCACUAAUCUACUGUCAAGCAUUUUGAGGUGGAACUAAAACAACUGUUAUUCCUCACUUUGAUCUUAUGAAAUAUCAUUCUCAUAUGUUCAUACUGUCCUGGAAUUACAAGUCAAAUUGCACUCUACUCAUCCUCAUUGUGCCUUCAGAAAGUAUUCACACCCCUUGACUUUUUACCACAUUGUUUCAAGUUGAAUUAAAAAUGGAUUACAAUUUGA